AGCAGGGCGGCCGGCGCGCCAGCACUGCCGUGCGUGCUCACGUGACAGGUCCGCGAGGCCCCGCUCGCGCAGUCGUCUGGACGAGCGAAGAUGGCGGCCGAGAGGGAGCCUCCUCCGCUGGGGGACGCGAAGCCCACCGACUUUGAGGAGCUGGAGGACGGAGAAGACCUGUUCACCAGCACUGUGUCCACCCUCGAGUCGAGUCCAUCAUCUCCAGAACCAGCCAGUUUUAAUGCAGAAGAUGUCAGUACAAACUCUAAUGGCCCGAAACCUGCAGCGGUGGUGCUAGAUGAUGACAGAGAAGACCUUUUUGCCGAAGCCACAGAAGAAGUUUCUCUGGAUAGUCCAGAAAGGGAACCUAUCCUGUCUUCAGAACCUUCUCCUGCAGUCACACCUGUGACCCCUACUACAAUCAUUGCUCCCAGAAUUGAAUCCAAGAGUAUGUCUGCUCCUGUUAUCUUCGAUAGAUCCAGGGAGGAGAUUGAAGAAGAAGCAAAUGGAGAUGUUUUUGAUAUAGAAAUUGGUGUAUCAGAUCCAGAGAAAGUUGGUGAUGGCAUGAAUGCUUACAUGGCGUAUAGAGUAACAACAAAGACCUCUCUUUCCAUGUUCAGUAAGAGUGAAUUUUCAGUGAAAAGAAGAUUCAGUGACUUUCUUGGUUUGCAUAGCAAGUUAGCAAGCAAGUAUUUACAUGUUGGUUAUAUUGUGCCACCAGCUCCAGAAAAGAGUAUAGUAGGCAUGACCAAGGUCAAAGUGGGUAAAGAAGAUUCUUCAUCCACUGAAUUUGUAGAGAAGCGGAGAGCAGCUCUUGAAAGGUAUCUUCAAAGAACAGUAAAGCAUCCAACUUUACUACAGGAUCCUGAUUUAAGGCAGUUCCUGGAAAGUUCAGAGCUGCCUAGAGCAGUUAACACACAGGCUCUGAGCGGAGCAGGAAUAUUGAGGAUGGUGAACAAGGCUGCCGACGCUGUCAACAAAAUGACAAUCAAGAUGAAUGAAUCGGAUGCAUGGUUUGAAGAAAAGCAGCAACAAUUUGAAAAUCUGGAUCAGCAACUUAGGAAACUUCAUGCUAGUGUCGAAGCCUUGGUCUGUCAUAGAAAAGAACUUUCAGCCAACACAGCUGCCUUUGCGAAAAGUGCUGCCAUGUUAGGUAACUCUGAGGACCACACUGCUUUAUCUAGAGCUUUGUCUCAGCUUGCAGAGGUAGAGGAGAAGAUAGACCAGUUACAUCAAGAACAAGCUUUUGCUGACUUUUACAUGUUUUCAGAACUACUUAGUGACUACAUUCGUCUUAUUGCUGCAGUGAAAGGUGUGUUUGAUCAUCGAAUGAAGUGCUGGCAGAAAUGGGAAGACGCUCAAAUUACUUUGCUCAAAAAACGUGAAACUGAGGCAAAAAUGAUGGUUGCUAACAAACCAGAUAAAAUACAGCAAGCUAAAAAUGAAAUAAGAGAGGAAAUUGAAGAGUGGGAGGCAAAAGUACAACAAGGAGAAAGAGAUUUUGAACAGAUUUCUAAGACAAUUCGAAAAGAAGUGGGAAGAUUUGAGAAAGAACGGGUGAAAGAUUUUAAAACUGUUAUUAUCAAGUACUUAGAAUCAUUAGUACAAACACAACAACAGCUGAUAAAAUACUGGGAGGCAUUCCUGCCUGAAGCCAAAGCCAUUGCCUAGCAAGAAGAUUUCUGUUACGAAGAUCUUGGAUGUUUGUUCCAGUUAUGCUGAAUUCCGCAGUGAAAUCAUUUAAAACCAUCUAAAUAAACCACUCUAUAUUUUAUGAAUUACAUGUGGUUUUUUUAUAUACAUAUAUAUGUGUAUAUAUAUAUAUAUAUAUAUAUAUAUACUCUGACAUUUUAUUACAAGCUGCAUGUCCUGACCCUCUUGGAAUUAAGCGGACUGUGGCAUGAUGUUCUGCAGUACUUUGCUGAAUUGAACACUAUUGUGUCUUAAAUACUUGCACUAAAAAGUGCACUGCAAGGCCAGAAAAUUUUACAAUAUUUUUUCUUUACAUUCUGUAGUGUGUUCACCCUCUUUAUGAAGUGAAUUAUCAAUGCAUUGAUUAAUGUUCACUUAUACAUUCCUGUACAGAAAUUAUGAUUUUGUGAUUACAGUAAUAAAAUGAUAUUCCUUGUGAAUUAUUAGUAACAAAUUAUUUGGGUAUGUAAAUAUGUUAGAAAGCUUUUAAAAGCAUUUUUAAUCAGGAGAAACUUUUGCUUCUAGAUGUACAUAGGUGAUGCUGUGAUCCAUUAAGUUUUUCUUAGUUGACAGAAAAAGCUGAACUCUUUCAUAAAUGAUGAAAUGAGGGCUAAGUUCUCUUCUGAAAUCAUCAUAAACCAAAGAACAUUUAUCUUUUGAUUCUACUCUGGGGAAUGCUCUUGUCUUGAGUAAGGGAGAGAAUGAAUACUUCCUUUGCUUGUUUUACUCCCAUCCCUGUUACCAGUGUCCAAGUUAGGAAUUAGGAAAAAAAUGUAUUUCUCUGCUUCUGUUACAAGUCCUGUGAUUUUGCUCAACUUCUUAUCUUCAAAGUCCUAGACUUUGCGUGUAUUUGAUUUAUUCUUUGCCUUUUCUUUGUUUUUCAUUUUAAAGUAGGUAAGAUCAUCUCUGGUCAUACCUGACAAAAGAAUGGUACCAUGCUGAAAUUCCCCGUGAUUUGUUGAAAAACAAGGAUAACGUAAAGUACAUUUGAAGUAAAAUGAAAUUUGUCUUUGGCACCCUUCUUAGUGAUUCUGUAUCUUGUUCAGAUGGCUGUUACCUCAUCCUUGAUGCUAGGGAAAGCUUUUAACUUGUGACUGGCAUCACAGUUUUCAUUUUUUAGAGUGUUCUCAAAGAUGCCCCUCUUAAGCUUACCAGCUCCAUCUCCCUGCUCAGUCAAGUAUGGUAUGUGGAACUGAGCCCUCUCUAGCACUUUACUGGAUACAUAUGUCAGAGUAUUCUCAGGAUAUGUUUGCUUCCACCUGUUCCAGCUGAAGUUUAAACCCUGCUGUAGACAUUACUGAUUUUUAGACUCCUGGAACUCAGAAGAGGACUAACACAUAAUAUGUUAAUAAGAAAGACUUGAUGAACAGGAAAUGAAAAUCCUAGAAGAUGCAAAAUUAUACAUGCUCCCUUAAGAAGAAGCAAAUUAAGCAGAAAUAGGACUUCUCCUGUUGCUUCUGUUACAAAUAACUUAGAAACUUUUGAGAAAUGAGCAGUUCAUUGUAAUCUAUAUCAUAGGCUAUCUUGUUGGACCAUUAGUACCGAGCAAAAUCUACAGUGAUGUUCUGCUAUUGCAUCCACCAUCACAUUACUUCCAAAGGUACAGUUUACAUAGUAGGUUAAUAACUUAGUUAUUCCCGUCAAGAUCUUUCAUUCUUCCAUGGUAUGUUCAUUAGAAUAUUCAGUACCUCCAAAUAAAAUAAUAUUUUCAUUCUUGAUCAAGCUGAAGAGAGUAACAGACCCUGAACCCGUUCCAGACUUCAUUUCUCUUAACAGCCUUUGCCAAAAAAAGGAGUCUGUUGGAAAUAUCAAGUAAAUGAUACAAUCCUCUGGUAGUUACCAACCUUUUUAGUAUCUUCAACACUCAGCCCACCUCCACCUAUCAAUCUCCACAUCCAUUCAUGUGACUAAAAUACUUUCACUCCAGUAAAUAGAACAAGGGCAUUAAUAUUGCUGGUAACAUAGUCUUUAGUCUUUAGUAUAGGUCUGAUUUUUUUUUUUUUCUUAAGCCAGAUAAAGAAGGACUAAACCCGUUUAAGUGGGACAAGCUGAACCUGGAGUCAACAUACAUGUGUACAGUCUUGGUUCUGUCACUUUGUAGCUAUGUGAUUUUGGCCUUCUCACAUAAAACUCAUCUAUAAAACAAGGGUAUAAGACUGAUUUUCCUGAAGUGCCUUUCCACUUUAAAAUAGUUUGCUUAAAAUACCAAACUUCAGUAUCAAUAUUAUUCUAUUAGGAAAUCAAAUUUUAAUUAAAAUCACCUAUUAAUAAAACAAGGCUAGAAAAAAAUAACGUCAAAAUAAGAUUUCUAAAACCAAAAACGAUGUUUUCCUGAUGGUAUUUUGACAAGCUAUUUUCAACUAUCCAGCUCAUUUUAUACAUGCAUAUAUAUUUAUAGUAACCUCAAAAUAUCCUUUUCAUUGUUGCUCUUCUUUAAACUUUUAAAUUACCUGGAUCUAGUAAAGUUUUACAAGUUCCUUGUACAAGUUGUUUUAUGAAUGGUCUUUUAAGAAGCCUUUUAACAGAAUCAGGUUUUCUGGAGGAAUAGAAUCAGGUAGAGAGGGAGGAGUAUGUAUAUUCUCUUAAAAAAUGCUUCUUAAUGUCUAAGGGAAUUAUGAAGACUUACAUUUUUCUGUCUUAAUGCAUAUGACUAGUUACAAAGCUGAUGGCUACUUCACUUUCCUUGUUGUGUCUCCCUGCUUGGGUAUAGUCCGUGACUCACAAGAGUCAAGGAUGGACAGCAGAAAUUCAGUAAUAGUAACUACUACUGAUAGGUUGAACAUAAGUCGUCUUGUUUUCAGGGUAGUGAGGAGGAAAGAGAACACGUGUAAAAAGUCUAUUCACUGGCUUGGGAACUGUGCAGGCAUUUUCAUAUCCUGUUCCUUAGUCUGGAAAUGUGUGUAUUUCUCCAUGGGACAUAGUGUGUGUUUCCAAGUAUUGAAAAAAGACUUUGAAAAGAACCACCAUUCCCUUCCUUAUCUGAAAUCUAGAGUCUGAUUAAGUAUCAUUGCUAACUUUCACAGUGAAGGAUUUGGUUUCAAGUAAUAAUGAAGGUAAAUGGUUGACCAGACGGAAUUAGCAAGAAGAGGGGAAUGACGAGAGUGAUGUAAAUACAAGCUGACCCCUCUGUUUGUUUAUAAUCAGGGUUAUUAAGAGAGGUCACAGUCAUCUGUGGAUGAAGUCCAUAAGAGUUGAGACUUAAAAAAAUGCAACGUGAGCCACAUAAGUAAUUCUGAGUUUUCUCUAGCCAAACUUGAACAAGAAAAAAAAAGUUAAAUAUUUAAACCCAGUAGCUCCAAAAUACUGUUUCAGCAUGUAAUCUGGUAUAUCAGGGAUUACUGUGAUACUUUACCUUCUGGUUUUCAUGUUAAAUCUUUGAUAUCCAAAAGUAUUUUACCCUUUCAUUACCUCUCCAUGCACACUAGCCACAUUGUAAGUGAUGAGUUGUCACACGUGGCUAGUGGCUAGAA